GGAGUUGAAGAAAAAAAUUCCACAAUGGGUCAGCACCUAAGCGAGGAGAGUGACCCAGACAAGGAAAUCGAUGUGGCAGAGCUGCAGGAAUGGUACAAAAAAUUUGUUGUGGAGUGCCCAAGUGGAACUCUCUUCAUGCAUGAGUUCAAGGGAUUUUUUGGCGUUGCUGAUAACAAGGCGGCCGGAGAUUACAUUGAAAACAUGUUUCGAGCCUUUGACAAGAACGGCGACAACACUAUUGAUUUUCUGGAGUACGUGGCAGCCUUAAACCUGGUCCUGAGGGGUAAACUGGAGCAUAAGCUUAAAUGGACAUUCAAAAUGUAUGACAAAGACGGAAGUGGAUGCAUUGAUAAAACAGAGCUUCUUGAAAUUGUGGAGUCUAUUUAUCGACUGAAGAAAGCCUGCCAUGGAGAGCUGGAUAAAGAUUGCCUUCUGCUGACCCCAGACCAAGUGGUUGACCGGAUAUUUGAGCUGGUGGAUGAAAAUGGAGAUGGGGAGCUCUCGCUGGAUGAGUUUAUUGAUGGAGCACGGAGGGACAAGUGGGUGAUGAAGAUGCUGCAGAUGGACGUCAACCCCGGGGACUGGCUCAACGAGCGAAGGCGCAGUUCUGACUCCUAAGGCUGGAACAUGGACUAUCAGUCUGUCACAUACUGUACACACAUCCUUUAUGUGGGACCAAUCAUGUUGUGAUUUUGUAUCUAUUGCAGUUAUAAAAGACAACACCAUAGUCAUCCUGGUAUUGUUCUGUAUGCUGUAAGAAAUAGAUGUACAGUACCGGUCAAAAGUUUGGGGUCACUUAGAAAUGUCCAUU